AAAAAAAAAAAAAAAAAAAAAAAAAAAAAAAAAAAAAAAAAAAAAAAAACGAAAGCGGGAAAACCAGUAGCCCAAAAGAAAACAGUAAAAAAACAAAAAACCGGAGAAAAAAAAAAAAGUAGACAGACAAAA